AUGCAGUCGGCACGCGGGGGUAAGCCUCGGGGAGCCGGCCGCCGCAAGACCCUUCCCGCCCUUGCCGGCUCCUCCCAGUCCACGGAUUACUCCGUGGAUGCCGACCCUGUCCAGCCCCCAGCCUCUCUUCCUCGGAAACGGUCUAAGACUACCGAACUCUUCGAGGGUGGCGAUGAUGCUGAGGACACUAAUCAAAAGGGUGGUCACUCGCUUCGUAAGAGGACUCGCAUUGACUACACCUUUGAGGACCUACACGACGAUGGUACGCCCAGCCGCGUCAGGGGCCAACUAGGCGCUCCCACCGGAUCCGCCCGCGGGCGCAAGAGGAAGGCCGAGCAUGACGAGGAGCCCGAAUUUGGGCCUCCUGCCCGAAGGCGCGCUACAGCAACCGCCGAGAGCAAGUCGUAUACCGAAUUUGCCGACGAGCAUGAUGUCAAGGACACCAUCGAGGUUGGCGGACGUGGCAACGACUCGGAUUACGAUGAGCAUGAAUCGCCCGAGGCCCGUCAUGGCCAGGCUAACAACAAUAACAACAACAAGGAUGACGGCCCGAACUCGCCUGCCGAGCCUCCUCUCCCUGAGCGUUUCGUCAUCGAGUUCCCUCUCCCCGCUGCACUCAUCAAGGAAGCGGAGGCUGCUCGAGCCUCGCACAUCACCAGGUCUCCGGAGCCCUUGGAGUCUCCUCGCACCCCGCAACACUCCAACGCUAAGCCCAUGGCGGCUGAACCUUCGUCUACUCAAGUUUCGCAGAACCAGGAGGACGAUUGCCCCUCUAGCGCCGCUCAGCAGCUUGAGCACGAAUCGGCAACGUCAGAAUCCGAGCCCCAGGCCCCGAAGCCUCGUGGCCGCACCAUGUCUCCUCGUGUUGCUUUUGCCGAAGACGUUGGAAUGCAAUCGCCUGCCCCGGCGCCUGUUGACCCCAUCACCGCUGACGCCGCGCGUGGAGAAGCUUCCCUGGACCCUCCGCAACUCACCCCCAAAUCCGAGCGCUUGAAGUCUCCACCAAGCAAUGUGGACAUUAUGGACAUGGACCUAGCCUCCACUUCGGAAACUACCGUGGCCAUCACCAUCACCGCGCCUCCUGAUACCGAGGUGGUGAUGACGACCCCUCCUAAACUAGAUUCUUCUCAGCAGACCAAUUCCAUCAGCCCCUCCAUCGACGAAGAUAUCGUUGCAACCCCAGAGAACCUGGAGGAAGAGGAACCCACAGUUGAUAUUCAAAUGACCACGGAGGAGGACGAGGACCGCCACACGCCACCUCCCACCUACCCCUGGUCGCACCUCACCGCUCAUCUUCCUGGUCAAUGGGUCAAGCAUCCGGAAAGCCGUCUCCCGCAGUUCGACGAGUCAGCCUCCCACGAUGGCGUCAAGGCGUCGUCUUCUACCCCUAUGACGAAGGCGGAUGCUGAGAUGAUGGCGAAUGGGGACGAAGACGCGGAUCUUGGGGGCCCUGAUGCCGAGCAUGACGAUGUUGAUGAGCCUGUUGAGUCGGGCGCGGCCCCUGCUGCCCAUGACGACGAUGAUAUUGAUGAGGCCGAAACACACACACCCGACGAGCUCCCGGCUCAAAAGUUUUACGAAUAUCCUCGGCUUAGAGACACAGACGAGUUCAGGGAUGUUCUCCAGAAUUACAAGGAUAUGGCUGACGAGGAACUGUACGACAUGUGCGCUCACGUCAAUGAUACUUUGGUCGCGCUCCAAGAAGAAUACCUCAAGCUCGGCGCAAUCGUUGACGAUCACGAAAAUAUCGAGCGCCGCAAAGCCCACGACGAGGCUUAUGAGCAGAUGGAAAAGAGAUCUGCUCGGGUCACCCGCAAGACGUUUAUUGUCAAGGGCUAUCGGGCUAAGCUGACGCCCGACGAGAGGGAGACGGCCUACUGGCGCAAUCAAGAUCGCAUCCAAGCUGCUGCUUAUGGCUUCCGCUAUGAUAGCCACCAGGCCAAGGUCGGCAAACAGGACCCCAUCGCCCAGCGAUACCCCGGCGACGUCGAGGAUGGAGGCGAGCCCCGGCGCUCUCUCCGCAGCGACCCCUGCGAUCUGCUAAAGCUACCGAGGCCGCCGAUGAAGCGCAAGCGAGGUAGCAGGCUUGUGGAAAGCUAUACUGAAGAUCUCGACCACGCGACUGGGGAGGUGAGCCGCGACUCGCCUUUGGCCAAUGGGACUGGCCUCACUCCCCAAACCGAAGGCAAAUCCCGCCGUGGCCGAGGCAAGCGCGCCGCCUCACCUACCGAGACAUUUUCGGCUGUAGGCGAUGACGAUACCAGCAUGCAUGACGAGGCAAUGCAGCCGCCUCCUCCGAAGCGCAUUCGGCGCGCAACCAACAAAGCCCAACAAGCCUCCGUGGACGAAGCUCCGGGCGCCCGGAAUUCUCUUGGGCCUAGCGGAAAUCAUCAGCACCUCCAUACUAGUGGCAACAAUGCCCAUGCCGGAGUCUACUACAAAGAGGAGGAGGACCAUGAAUCCGAAACACCUCCUCUCCGCAAGAACCAGAGGAUCGUUACUCUCAAGCCCGGUGCCAAGAAUAUCCGGGCCCUCUCCAACGCACCAUCCGUAGCCAGCACGGAGCCUACCGAAGACUCGCGGCCAGGGUCAUCCUCCUCGACUUCUAGCGAGGCGUCGGCGGACUCUUCUUAUUCCUUCCGGCCCAAGCGCCAGCGCAAAUUCCGAGAUGCUGAUGGCCAGGAGCAUGCGGGCGCUCAGCAGGUAAAGCCCAAGCGCGUGCGCAGGGUCACGAAGAAGGCUGAGGAGAGCACCGCAAACAAUACCCUUCAGCUUCCUUCCAUCCACGAUGGAGCCUCCGGGGCUGAACAUGGGGCGCAGGAGCAGCGACCCCGCAUCAAGUUCUUCACUGCCGGGGGCGGUCAGGCUAAUGGCGUGUCCUCUUCCGGUUCCGGCACUACUACCACCUUGCACCUUACCAACCAUGCUGCGGACGCCGCUGCCGCCGCAGCUUCCACUUCCGCCGCUGCCGCAACCGCCCGACUCCCCACCGAUAACCAAGCUGACCAAGAUGGCAUGAGCGCUCAACAGUAUGCAGCGCUUACCAAGUCGGAGAAGAUGUCGCGCUCAAUGAAGAGCCGAUGGGCGAGCGGAUCUAUGCAGCAGGCUGUCGAUAAGCGCAAAGCGACCCUGGCGCGCAAGAAGGCGGAGAAGGCAGCGGGUGGCGACGAGGGAACCGAGGCGGCUGAAGAUACCAGCAAGACAGCCAGUGGCUCCGCCGAUGCCACGAGCACUCAGCCGACGACGGCGGAACCCAGCCCCACUACCGAUACACACCAGGCGGCGGCUGAGCAGAAGGCGGUCAAGACCCCCAAACCAGCCAAGGCGGCCAAGGUUAAUAAGACGCCAAAGAUUGCGGUCAAGGAUUCUCCCUCGGUCAAGAGCAAGGGCGCGAAGGAGCCCAAGAAAGAGGGAAAGAUCAAGACCAGCUAA